AUGCCUUCGAGCUCUCAGAAUCAGAUCAUCGAGCACAUCGUUCUUUUCAAGGUCAAGGAUGAUGUUGACUCCGGCAAGAUCGACGCCAUGGUCAACGGUCUCAAAGGACUAGCCACACUCGACGAGGUUCUUUACCUCACCGCCGGUCCUAUCCACCGUCUCAGAUCCAACUCCGCCUUCACUCACGUCGUUCAUAGCCGUUACAAAUCCAAGGAAGAUCUCAACGCGUACGUUGCACAUCCCGAUCGCGUUCGCGUCGUCCAUGAUUUCUUACCGAUUUGGGAAGUCAUCCUGGCCGUUGAUUACAUCGCCGAUCAAGUCCCAAACACCAUAGCACCGCCUCCCGGUUCGGCUGCUAAACUCACGUUACUCAAGGUGAAAGAAAACGUUUCCGAUGAGGCUAAAAUGAAGAUUAUGGAAGUGGUUAAGGAGAAGUCUCCAGGAAUUGAUCAGAUCACUGUGGGAGAAAACUUCAAUACGGUUAGAGGAAAUGGUUUCUCAACUGCAUCGGUUGCGUACUUUAGGGAUCUUGGAGAAAUGGAGACGCACAAGGAGUUUAACAAGGAAAAGGUUGGUGAGUAUCUUGAUGAUACCAUUGUUGUUGAGCUCGUAGUGCCUUCUUCUUCCGUUUAA